AUGGCUUAUCGCCAUCCUCCUCACAGGGAUCUUCCUCACCGGGAUCUUCCUCACAGGGAUGAUUUAUACCUAUCUUUGUGGAGGAAGCUUUUCGUGAAAGUCAUCGUGACCAACCAGGACACCAGUCAAUCUCUCAUUAAAGAAAUUUCAGAACACUUUCAGUUUUCUGUAAGGUUAGAGAUGAGAACUGAUCAGAAGGCAAAGAUGAAGUGCAAGAAAGGAUUGUGGUCUCCUGAAGAAGAUGAGAGGCUGAAGAACUACAUUGUAAGGCAUGGCCAUGGAUGCUGGACUGAAGUUCCUGUUAAAGCUGGCCUGGAAAGAAAUGGAAAGAGUUGUAGGCUAAGGUGGAUUAACUACUUGAGGCCUGGAAUAAAGCGGGGAAGGUUCUCUCAAGAAGAAGAAGAGUUGGCUAUGAAGCUUCACACUAUGCUAGGAAACAAGUGGUCACAAAUAGCAAUGCAUCUCCCCGGAAGAACUGAUAAUGAAGUUAAGAACUACUGGAACACUUAUCUCAAGAAAAGAGUGAAACUAUCAAAAGAAUCAGAUUCUGCCAAGCUUACAGAGAACUCUGCAGCAGACUCAUCAUCUGAAAACCAUAAGAAUAGAGAAGGAAAUCUCAAAAAGAUUUCAUUCUUUGACUCAUUCGAGCCCUUGGAAUCAUCAUCACAAAGCCAUGCGAUCCACUCUCAAGAAAAACAAAGGAAUUUGUGGCCAAAGGUCAUGUUUGCAGAUUGGAUAUUGGGAGAGAAUUCAAAUGGGCAACUCGGGUUAGAAAGCUCGGAUGGAGUUAAUGGAUUGACAUGGGAUUCAUGUAGCUUUGACAGUAGAGAAACAAUUAACAAUGGAGAUUUAAGGGCUAUGAGUGAUCAUCAAGAAUUUGGUGAGGAUGGGAGCUAUGUUUCGUGUUUUGAGACUAUGGAUCUGGUGGGAGACGAUCAGUCUUUUGAUCUUUCGUCGUUUGGGGGGAGUUUUGGAGGGUUUGAAUUGAAUCAUGAUUUGAUGUUUUGA